UUAUUUUUUUCUUUAUUAUAUUCAUUAUUUCCAGUUUUAUUGAAUAUUGCAACUAAAUAUUUUAAUAUAAAACUAUCUGAUGAACAAAAAAUUGAUUGGGUUAAUAGAUUUGUUUCAACUGUAAAUGCUGUUAUUACAUCAGCAAUUUCAAUUAUUGCGCUUUUAAAUGCCUCAGAAUGGGUCAAACACCCUUUCUAUUCAACAUGCGAUAUGUCAAACUUUGUUAUGAAGUUUAUUUCAUUUUAUUUUGUAUUUGAUACAGCACAAACAGUAUUUUAUUAUAAAGCAUUAUUUAGUUGGCAAACUAUUUUCCAUCAUUUUAUAGCCUUGGGAGGAUUUUUCUUUAUCGGCUUAAUAAGACAGGAAGCACACUUUUUAAUUUUAUAUUAUUCAUUCAGUGAAUGUACAACUCCAUUUGUCAAUUUAAGAAAACAUUUGUAUGAUUUAGAAUUACAAAAUACAAUUUUAUAUAAAGUAAAUGGAAUGAUAAUGGCAAUAGGUUUUGUUACUAUUAGAGUUUUUUUCAUCACCUAUUCAAUUUGGGAACUUUACCAUAGAGGAUUAGAAAUACCAUACUUUACUAAUAUAUUUUUUUAUACAGUUUACCCAUCAAUAACAUGCUUAAACUUUUACUGGACCUUUUUAAUUGUAAAGGGAAUUAUUAAAGCUUUAUCAAAGAAAAAAGAU